GAGUACUUACCAUACUUAAACUUGGAAUGUUUUGUGACAGCGUGGACUGGAGGUAAAGUUACGCAACAGAUUUUGUUCAACGAAGAUUCUAGAUAGCAGACAUCAGAGCAGAAAUUAAGACUACGUACUCUUCACAAACUGCCUGCAGCUAAAAGAGGAAAUAUCUCAAGGCUAAUCAGUCUGGCUUAAGACUGGAUGAUCACGAAAACUCGGUGGUAAAGUAAAAAAUAUAAGAUUUCAUACAACAAGGAAUUCAAAAGUAAACACUUAAUACGGAAAAAGUCAAAGCUGCAAAAUUUUCUGAGAGCUCACGAUAAGUGACCAUAUUUUCAAGACCUGUUGCAAAUAGAAGUGCUUGGCAAUAAGAUGAGUGCUAUUCCAGAGCCCGAAAAGAAAAUCAAUAAUACAUUCCCCGAAACAGAGCCAGAAUCAUUCGAUAAUCGUCCGACAGCUGAAGGAAUAGCUGAACCUCUACCAGAAUGGUCGAAGGCGGUCGAUGAAUGGGGGAUUAUCUGGGAUUUUCACCAGUAUGGCUUAGGUGUGAUAUUUGCCUUUGUUUUCUUUUUGAUUGUACUUUCCCUGUGGAAGCGCUUCAAAGGAGUGCGAAUCCUCAAACAAAACAAGGUUCCCAGCGUUGUUUUGAGUCUUCUGGCUCUGUUUUGCGCCACAAGAAGUCUGUUCCUCUGCAUGGAUGCAUACCACUGGCGGAAAACUGCACCGUAUUAUGUUAUCAACGUUCUUUGGGGCAUCGGACAGCCUUGCAUCAUAACCGCCUACACCCUGAUGUUUAUAGUGUUAAGGAACGCACUGAUACUCAAACAGCGGUUCCAAAAAUGGUAUAAUACAAGGAAUAUUGCCUUAGCAACGCUGCCAUAUUUUUUCUUCGCGUUUGGAGCAGAACUUGCUAUUUCUUUCGUUCCAGAGUUCAAAGGCCUCGCCCUUACUUGCCAGAUUUUGUACCUUUUAUUUGGUUUUUCUCUUACGGUGUUUUACUUUUUCAUAUCGAUUUUAAUCUGGAAAAAAUUCAAAUUGAUUGACUCCUCCAAACGUUGGGCUACGGAGCCAGCGGAAGGUCGUGGAUCCCGCACGCGCGCAAUUCUCCGCAUGUGUCUCGCAGCGGUCGCGGGCGGCGUUUUAAUUUGCGUUAUGCAAGUCUACGCAAUGGCGGGCGUCUAUGGCGUUUUUUCCGAUGCGCGCUUCGUUUCUGCAUGGCCAUGGUUGGCGUUUCAAACAAUGUUUCGUCUCGUGGAGAUUUACAUGACAGUUGUACUGUUUUAUGCCGUCAGUGCGAGGAGCGUCGACAAGAAAGGUGAAAUGACACCGACUACGAUUGUUUCAGCGGAGAUUCCCGAAAAUGUUAAUGCUAUUGAAUUGCAAACGGUUUGAUUGGCAAAAGAUUUUCCUUGUGGGAAAACAAGAAAAAUACAUCUUCAAAUUUAUCACUAAUGAAUUGAACAGUGGUUUUCAUUUAAUAAGAAGGAAACGCUAACAUUGUUUUGAGUUCUUUUGUGUGUUGUGUUGCUAGGCCAAGGAGGUUUGGGCACAAAAACGAGGAGCACGUUUAAUAAUUGUGAAAGAAACAUUUCGAAAAAACACGACAUACGUUAGGCCCUGUCCGACACUACGACCUAUAAAUUUCAAAUCGGUGUUCUCACUCUGAGGUGAAUAGUAAAACUAGCCGUACAAAUAAAGUUGUUUUCAAGUUCACGGGGCGUAAUGUUGGCGAGGCCCCAAGUGACUAAAAACAUGCGUUAAGAACUGAAUGAGGACAAAGUAUCAAAAUGUUUGUAUGUAUCCUAACAUAUAUUUCCACUAGUACUAGUUUGUUUUUGACGAAGCGUUAAUUAAAAAUUAACGGGAUUGUAACCUUUGAGGAUAAUUAUUAAAAGUCCUUUGUUUA